AUGGAUUUUCCUGCUACACCAUCAAAUGCUUCAGAUAGUAACGAUUACUCUGGUGCAACACCAACACAGUUUGAUGCAACGCAAGACAAUACGAAAAGACGAAGUUCGUCUAGAUCCAUAAAAAGGCGACGUUUUGAUGAUGAACUUGUGGAGUAUAGCUUAGGUUUACCAGGCGCUUCGCUUGGUAAAAAUGAAAAACGGAUUCGGACUCAGUCUUAUACAAGCAAUUUGCCUGAGUUUCCAAUUAUUGGAGCUUCUUCAGUGCCUCCUGUAGUACCGACACCGGAACGUCGUAGGGCUUCAAGUAAAAUUUCAGGUGGUGGGAGCUUAGGUAGAAAACCACGUCGUAAAGGACAACUCAGUCAGUUGUCAACAAAAGACUUGGGAAGAUGGAAGCCAACAGAUGACUUAGCUUUGAUAUUAGGAGUUCAACAAACAAAUGAUCUUCGUAUAGUACACCGUGGAGUAAAGUUUUCUUGCCGCUUUACUGUCGGUGAGCUGCAGUCACGGUGGUAUGCUUUGCUGUAUAAUGCAGAAGUAUCCCGAGUAGCUAUUGCUGCUAUGCGAAACUUGCAUCCAGAUUUAGUAGCAGCAGUGCAGCAACAAGCUUUAUAUUCCACCGCAGAAGAGGAUUUACUUGGAACUUUACCAAGUAAUUCUCACCCAGCACCAGAAAAGUUCCAGGAGCUGUUAGAACAGAAUCCACAUGUUUUUUAUCCAACUCGAACAGCCAAAUCACUGAUGGCUCACUGGCAGUCAUUAAAACAAUACCAACUUCUUCCUGACCAAACUGUGCAACCUUUACCCAAAGAACCUGGUGAUAAUAUUAUGACAUUCUCUGACGCUGAAGAAACUAUGAAUGAUUCAGAAUUACCAGACUAUAAAGAAGAUGACAUCGAUGUAGAAAUGCAACUGGCUGACAGGAUAGAAAAAAAAGAUAUCAGACUGUUAGAGAACUCACUGUCUCGCUGGCAAGUGCUCGUCCAGUCCGUAGCGGGCGGCAGUGUGGAGCUUGAUAAGAACACGCUAGCUGUACUUCGUGGACGUCUCGUACGCUAUCUCAUGCGUUCCCGAGAGAUUGCCGUCGGUCGGAGCACGAGAGACCACACGAUCGACGUGGACCUGAGCUUGGAAGGUCCGGCCGCAAAGGUGUCGAGGAAGCAAGCGACCAUUCGUCUCCGAAACAGCGGAGACUUUUUUAUGUCAUCGGAGGGCAAACGUCCGAUUUUUGUUGACGGCCGACCUGUUCUGCAGGGGAACAAAGUGAAGCUCAACCACAACAGUGUCAUUGAGAUCGCAGGACUACGCUUCGUGUUUUUAAUAAAUCAAGAUUUGAUCAGCGCGAUUCGUCAGGAAGCUGUGAAAGUGAACAUACCUGUAUAAAUAAUAUUUAAUAAAGGAUUCGAUUCAAAUGAAA